GCGCAGUGACAAAAUAAAUCUUAUCGCUAGCAGAGCAGAAUGGAUACACUGGCUGUGAUGCUACGUUUAAAGACUUGAUAGAGGCUAGUUAUCGUCCUGAUUUAAGUAAGAAGCUUUAGCAGAAUGUACCAGUAACGUUAAUGAACAGAGUGGGGCUCGUAGCUGGGUCGUUUACUGGCUCGAAAUGGGAAAAGGCUGUAAAGUUGUGGUGUGUGGCCAGGCAGCUGUUGGAAAAACUGCCAUACUGGAACAGUUGCUGUACGGAAAUCACUCUGUAGGCUCUGAGUCCAGUGAGACCCAGGAGGAUGUGUAUGUGGCCUCCGUGGAAACAGACCGCGGUGUGAAGGAACAGCUGAGGCUUUAUGACACCAAAGGCCUCCACGAUGGACAGGACCUCCCCAAACACUACUACUCGGUGGCGGACGGCUUCGUGCUCGUCUACAGCGUCGACAGCUUGGAGUCUUUCAAGAAGGUGGACGUCCUGAAGAAGGAAAUAGACAAGUCCAGAGAUAAGAAAGAGGUGACGGUGAUCGUGCUGGGGAAUAAGACGGACCUGCGGGAGCGUCGCCAGGUGGACCAGGAGGCGGCGCAGCAGUGGGCGCGGGGCGAGAAGGUGAAGCUGUGGGAGGUGAGCGUCGCCGAGCGCAACUCGCUCAUCGAGCCCUUCACCCAGCUGACCAGCCGCCUCACGCAGCCCCAGAGCAAGUCGGCCUUCCCUCUGCCCGGACGCAAGAGCAAAGGCACGCCGUCCAACGACAUCUGAAGCUCUGACCAUUCCGGGCCAUACAAUAAAAAGAAUAAGAUUACAUAAUAAAUAACAUCAUUUCAGUUAGACAAGUUCAAACUUUUGAGAAAAUAUGCUUAUUUUCUUUCUCAGAGUUGUUGAUAUCUAACUCGUGUGUAGGGAUAGUUUGGAUCUUUUAAAGUGGGGUUGUAUGAGCUGCUUCUCCAUAGUCAGUGUAUGAGCUACAGUAGAGGACAGUCUGGAGAAACAAGCAGGAGUACCGACACAGAAACUAAGCAAUGUGCUGCUGUGGCCCACCUAAAAACAAAAAAUCAAUAUCAGUUUAAGUGGACGCUAUAUUAAGAAUAUUUUUAAGGCUUUACCCUUGCCAUCUGACAAGUGAAGCCGUUAUAUUCAGCUCUCUACAAAGCAACCAGACUCCUCUAACAGAAUUGGUCGUUUUACCUCGCAGAACACUGGAGUUGCUGGUCUACCGCUGCCUCCAUCCGUUUGCUUGUUAAUUCUGUUAGUUCCUUAAUCAUUUUUUAAACACCAAAGUCCACACUUUAAGAAAAAUACAACUAACGAGGCAGCGGUAGAGCAGCAACUCCUGUGUCCUGCGAGGUAAAAUGACAAAGGAGUGUGGUGGCUUUGAAGAGAGCAAAGUUAACAACUUCACUUCCCCGUCGUAAAGGGCUGUCUGACAGCAAGGUAAAGCAGUGAGAAUAUUCUAAAUGUAGCGUCCACUUAAACUGAUAGUGAUUUUUUUAGGUGGUCCUUUUUUUUUUUUUUUCAAAUACAUUUAGCUGCUGCCUCCCCCCGUCCACAGCAGCACAUUGCUUAGUUUCCGUGUCAGGAAUCCGGUCUGCUUCUCCAAACUGUCCUCUACUGUAGCUAAUGCACUGACUAUGGAGAAGUUCAAAAGAUCCAAACUAUCCCUACAAGAUCAUAGCUGGGGUCAGAACGUGGAAAACCUAGCUUAGCAUAAAGAUUGAAAGCAUUGGGGAAACAGCUAGCCUGGUACUAUCAAAGUUCUAAAACUAUGCCUGUCAACACCUCUCAUUAAUUAGUAUUUUAUAUCUCGUUUGCUUAAUCUGUACACAAACAGAAAUGUAAAAUCGUUUUUUUAUUCGAGGGGGUAGUGACGUGCUGGAACUACUUCUUGACAAACAGGUUAUCCAUCCGCUCAGCACCUCAGUACAGUGUGUCCAGCUCUUGCCAGUUAUGGUCAUUGAGCCCAGGUUUUGGUGUUUGGUUUCUUGUCAGCCAGACUUUUUUUUGCUGAGAAAUAAAGAUGAGUGGUGGUGGUGGGGUAAGUGAGUAACGUGGUGUAACUAUUUCCUAGCGCAGGUGUCGGUACGCGAUCUGUGCUGCCCGCACGAUCCGAUAUGCGCAUGUUGGAUCGUGCGGGCAGCACAGAUCGCGUACCCACAGCACGGACUGUUUGCACCUCCCCAGAGUCUUGUCCUUUGGUACCAUGGUGCCUUUACGGAACAUAAACCUGUGACACCAACUGUUAUCUUUGGCAACCUGUGCUAUAGCCGCACAGAAGUGCUGGGAAGAUGGAUAAACUGUUGUUAAUCAAGAAAUAGUUCCGUGGCCGGUUGGCUCGGUUGGUAGAGCGGGGCGCACAUAUGCAGGUUUACUCCUCGACGCAGAAGAUCCAGGGUUCGAGUCCAACCUGUGCCACUUCCCCCCUCUCUCUCCCCUUUCAUAUCUCAGCUUUCCUAUUGAAUAAAGGCAGAAAUGCCCCAAAAAGAAAAAAAAAAAUCAAGAAAUUGUUCAAACAUGUAACUUCCCCAUAUAUCACAAAUUGUCGUUUUUACAUUUCUGUUCAUGUUUGGUUCAAAAAAUUAGACACAGUGUGUUAAUCAGUGAGCUUUAGACUUGUGGUUAUGUUAUUAUGUAUUUUUUUGGACAGAGCCAGGCCAGCUGUUUCUCUGCUUUCAGUCUUUAUGCUAAGCUAGGCUAACCCCAUUCUGACUGCAGCACUUUAACACACAGACAUGAUCUUGAUCUUCUCCAUCUCCCUUACAGAAAGAAAGCAACCGAGCAUAUGUCCCAAUGUGUUUACUAAUCCAACGAGGAUGCAUGACGCAUUUCAUUACUUUCCACGCAAACCAAACAUAGGUGUCAACCACAAACCAAAUCCACAUCUGGAACACCUCUUUUCUGUACAGUGUGGAGUCAAUCUGUUUUUUUUUUUUUUGUUUUUUUUUAAACUUAGCACUUUAGUACCAAAGAUUUGACACAACCCAUCAUAGAUCUUGUGGUUUUACACUUUUGAUGGAUACAUUUAGAUUUUGUUCAAGUCCAUCUUACGUUAAAACGUUAUGCCCACAUGUACAUUGAGUCAUCGGUCGCUGUAAUCAUUCCUCUCUUUCCCAAGAGAUCCCAAUCUAGAGCUAAUACAAUGAAAGUGAACAAAAUCCACAGUCCACUUUUGUCGAAUGCAGACUGCUGAAGCCUUAUAUUUGCUUUGAAUGCAAUUUUGCUUCAAAUAACUGGGUUUUGACCCCUAUUUAGGGCUGGGCAAUAUAUUGAUAUUAAAACCUGAUAUGAGACUGGAUAUCUUGUUAGAUUUUAGAUAUCCUAAAAUGUCAUAGAUGGUGUCUUUUCCUGGUUUUAAAGGCUGCAUUACAGUAAAGUGAUGUCAUUUUCUGAACUUAGCAGACUGUUCCAGCUGUAGGGCUGAGUAUCGUUCAAAAGUUUACCGAUACCUGGAAUUCGAUAACGGUUUCUGAACGCUACUUUUUUUU